CACAAUCUAAGAAAGUCGGCCCAACGCUCGGUGAUUGGCAAGAAGUUUAGACUCACAACCACUGUCCUUCAACGAACAACAUAUGAUUACAGCCGCUCGCCAAUCCUUACACAGGAGGCGGAAUUUGCCUGAAUGCGGGAAUACAUCUGCCCCAGAUGUGACUCUGGAUUUAUCGAGGAGGUGACAGAAGACUCCAGUCUUUUGGACAGUAGUACGAACGGCCUUGAUGAUACAGCUUCACAGUUUGCAGAGCUCUGGCAGCUUCUGUUCGUGGAGCGGCCGUUCACAGUGGACUUGGACAGCCCUGACUCCGAGCCACGGGUUCCAGGAGGUGCUGGAGGACUAGGUCUGGGAGGAGGGCCGUUUGGUGGCUCCGUCCCCGGAGGCCUCAGCGGGAACCUCGGUGGCCCUUUAGGAGGAGGAGGAGAGCACUGGGGUCCCAGCCGUCCCCCUCGCCUGCACACUCAGAGGAGAUACAGAUCCAGAGGAAGCAGUCGGCCGGAUCGCUCCCCCGCUGUAGAGGGAAUAGUACAACAGUUUCUUGCUGGCCUUUUUGCCAAUUCAGGUGCUCCAGGUUCCCCUCCACUGUCAUGGACGGGCAUGCUGCACUCAAACCCUGGUGACUAUGCCUGGGGGCAGGGGGGUCUGGAUGCAGUCAUUACACAGUUACUGGGUCAGUUUGAGAACACGGGUCCUCCUCCUGCAGAAAAAGAGAAAAUCUCCUCCCUCCCCACAGUCAUUGUUACUCAGGAACAAGCUGACAGCAGUUUGGAGUGUCCGGUGUGUAAGGAGGACUACACAGUCGGGGAGCCAGUCAGGCAGCUGCCCUGUAACCAUUUCUUCCACAGUGACUGCAUUGUGCCCUGGCUAGAACUGCAUGAUACAUGUCCGGUAUGCAGGAAGAGUUUGAGUGGAGAGGACAGUGGUAAUCAGCCACCCUCAGAGCCCUCCUCCAUAAACACCGAGCCCCGCACACAGGAGAGAUGGUCCUACUGAAAGAGACACCCACUCAUGCUCCGUUUCAUCUGCUCUAACUCUCACAACGCUCUCAAUGCGUGAGGAUUUGCCACUAUUUGGCAUUCCCUGUCUUAACGCCAGCCUCUCUCUCCCUCUCUCUCUCUCUCUCACACACACACUCUUCAUUUUUGAUCUUACCACUCGUACGGUUUACUACGGCUUGUUUACUGUUUUACUUUUUGUCUCUCAUGCGCUCUGUCAUGGCCUGUCCCUAGUCUCCUCUGUCUCUGCGUUGACACUUUUACAUUAAUUCAGAGGUGUUUUGCAUUUGAUUACACCUCUUGUCCUGGCGUCUGCUUUCCCAGGCUACUGACUCUGAAGACCGCACAUGCUCACCACCAUCUUGUAGGCAUAACACUACAUGAGCCAUCCUUCUUCUUUUGAAUGUGCAGUGUGCAGUGCACUCCCCAUGAAGUUGAACUGCACACGCUACACAGAGCCAGCCCCUGUUCAGUCUAACAGCCAUUGGGUUCCUUUGCGUCUCCAGGCCCAUUCUACUGAUCAGUUGCCCUUGACCUCUUUUCGCUCGCUGUUUAGCACACCUGUUCAUUGGGUGACCUCGUCCUGUCUUGGUAGUCAUUACCAGUCUCCAAGCUCUCCUCUUUCCUCUCCCUGUUGCCAUCUGUGCACUUUUCCCAGGUGUAUAUAUCACAGGCACACAUGAUGUCCUCCUCUCAUCCCACCCUCAUUGGCACCACUCCUUUUCUUUUCUUUUUUUUGUAAAUAAUUUUAGUUUGAAAUCUCAUUCAAAGAAAAACAAAAGGAAAGGAAUACUGCAUAUAAAAGUGGUGAAUCCCUAAAUAUUAAAAAUAUAUAUUAUAUAAAUGAUGUGUUGUCAAUUAUGUAUUGAUAAUAAAACUGAAUAAAAAUCAGUUAACUGUUGAUCUUGCUAAGACAGGUUUACAUAACUUUUUACAUGAAUCAUAUGUACAAGAGCCAAGGACACCAUUUGAUUUUAUCAUUUUGUUUAAUUGAAAUGCUUUGUAGGUUGGUUUAUCUACAGCAUACAGUUAAAAUGAGGGUUUGUUAAACUUGUUCAGUCUCUUGUUUUUUUUGGUUUUUGUUUUUUUUUCUAACUCAUUUUGGUGUAUUUUAAUAUUCAUUUUAGUGAACAGUUUAAUACAUACAUAACCAAUUUUCCACAUUUUCAGCCUGAAAAUUUGCCAUUGGUUAUACACGAGGUCAUGGCGCUUGUGUACGAUCGAGAAGCAAUACCGAUUUUAGCUGUGUUAAUAACGUUGAAUGAAAUUCAUGUAAUGAAAGUCAGACGUGGAUCAACAAAGGUUACUGUUGUUUUGUAUUUGAACUGUAGCCUCUUACAUUCCUCUGGCCGAGUUGUCUGUCAUGCAUAUGCGUUUUUAAACCCGUCACAAGACUCCGAAAACCAAUGCUGUCUUCUCAAGAUAAUAGCAGCCUUUACUGUCAAAACCUCCUGGAAGUGUUUCCAUCCAGUUCUGUACACAUUGCUUCAAACUGUCUACCAAAUGAUCACAUUAAAAGCAGGUCAAGCACA